AGAUCAAUGCAGGCAACAAGGGGCACCGGCGCAGUCGCCAUUGUUUACGCGAUGGAGUCCGUCGUCGAAGAAAAGAAUGAAAAUGAGAAGCCAAUUGACCGAGAAAAGACCUGCCCACUGCUCUUGCGGGUGUUCCUGAACAACUCCAGGCAUCAUUCCAUGAGCGAGUACUCCAGGGGCAACGUGCCGAGCAACGAACUGCAGAUCUACACCUGGAUGGACGCUACCUUGAAGGAGUUGACGAGCCUUGUCAAGGAAGUGAACAGAGAUGCCCGACGGAAGGGCACCUUCUUUGACUUUGCACUGGUGUUCCCAGACGUGCGAGGUCCAGGUUAUCGCAUGCGGGACAUCGGCACCACCUGCUCGGGACAGAAGGGCUCGGACGACAACAAGACCCUCAACGCCUGCCGGUUCCAGAUCGGCGACUACCUGGACAUUGCCAUUUCAACACCUCCCAUGCGCGGAGGACCAGUGCCACCUUCGAGACGGGGCAGGCAGUCUGGCUUCUAGCCAGCGUGACCUCUAGCUUCAAAACAUGUCCCAUCUGUACAAAAUAAACACCUUUCUGUCUUGUAA